ACAUAGGAUAUGCGUCAUCAGAAUAUUUUUACUACCUAUGCAAUAUUUUUACUAUGAAAAUAUGCAAAUAAGGUUGUCGAUAUAAAGAAAUUAGAAAAUUAAGAUUUUCCUACCUUUUUUGUAACAUGUAUAAUAAGUUAUAUAAGUUAAAUAUUUUAGUUUUCAAUUUAAAUCAUGAUACAUAAGCAUGUCAUGUCAUCAUUGUGACACGGCUUAAAUAUCGCAUGUUGCGACCUUUAUCAUUUUCGUUCACGUAAUUAUUCGGGGCAUUGCUCGGGCCAAAAUACUAUUUCAAUUCAUUAUAAAUGGUAUUACGUACGUAUGAAAAACAUUAAGGUAGUGUUUAGAUAUAGGUAUUUCAUUUCAAAUUAUUCAUUUCAAUUCCUUCAUUUCAAUUAUUGACAUUCAAUUCCAAAUCACUUGUUUGGGUAAAACAAUAACUCAAAUUCCAUCAUUUCAGAUUCAUUGUCAGUAGAAAGAAAUUAAAUAUAUGUUCUAUUUCACAUUGAAUGAUUAACUCGCACCUAACAAUGUAAAGAUAUCACUAAUCCCCUUCUUCUUCAAUCUUCCACCAUCCUAUCUGCAAUUUUCAUCAUCCUUUUAUUUAUCAAAGAGAGGAAAAAAUGGAGAAGUAAGAUCUACGAUAGAAGAACACGUGAAUCAAAUAGAAGAUCCUACGGAGUAUUAAGAAGUUGCAUCGAACAUUGUUUUGAAUCAAAUGGUCAGAGUAGACAUCGAAGAUGCAUCUGAUCGAGCCAAAGAGGAGCUGGAGACGUCAGGUGUUGGACUUUGGAGGCUUGGGCGGAGGAAGCAAGGACAGUAGUGGUGAUGUUUUCAACAAGUUUAAGACGGAGGAUGGAAACUUCAAAGAAUCCUUGAUAGAAGAUGCAGUUGGCAUACUAAACUUGUAUGAAGCCUCCUAUCUUAGGGUGCAUGGAGAGAACAUACUCGACGAAGCUGUGGUAUUUACAACAUCUAAGCUUAGAGCAUUGGUCGACCAACUAAGUGAUCCCUUAGCAACCCAAGUCAGUCAAGCCUUGAAGUUACCCCUCCACAAAGGCGUCACGAGGCUGUUGUCUAGAUAUUACAUUUCCACGUAUGAAGCUGAACCUAUGCACGACGAAACUCUGCUAAAAUUUGCAAAAUUAGAUUUCAACUUGCUCCAAACGUUACACUUGAUUGAGCUACGAGACCUCUCUAAGUGGUGGAGAAACCUUAAUUUUGGCACAAAAUUACCAUUUGCGAGGGACAGAAUUGCGGAAGUAUACUUUUGGAUGUUGGGAACUUUCUAUGAACCCAAAUAUGCAUUGGGUAGACAAAUAUUUACAAAAUUGUACAAGAUGACAUCAGUUAUGGAUGAUACAUAUGAUGCAUAUGGUUUCUUUGAAGAACUACAAGUUUACACUGAUGCUGUCCAAAGGUGGGACAAAAACACCAUGAACCAACUUCCUGACUACAUGAAGCUGACUUAUGAGGCUCUUCUCGAUACUUUUGUUCGAUUUGAACAAGAUUUAGCUAACCAAGGAAGAUCAAAGCUCGUUCCUUAUGUUCGAGAAUUGAUGAAAGCUCAAUGUCGAGGAUACUUUCAAGAGGCCAAGUGGUGCCAAGAAAAAUAUGUACCAACAUAUGAUGAGUAUCUCAAUGAUGCUGCCAUUACAACGGCUGGCUACACCUUGAUGUCGGGAACAACUUUCUUAGGAAUGGGAGAAUUUGCAACAACAGAAGCUUUCGAAUGGGUUACCCAGACUCCCAAACCCGUCAAGGCUUCAUGUAUUAUUGGGAGGCUUAUUGGAGACAUGGCUAGUUAUAAGAUUGAGCGAAAAAGGGAUCAUGUAGCGUCAGUUGUAGAAUGUUACAUGAAGCAAUUUGGAGUAACUGAGGAAAUUGCGUUGAAAGAACUUCAUAAUAUAGUGGAGGAUGCAUGGAAGGAUUUAAACAAGGAGAUGCUUCGCCCAACAACAUUCCCAAGGCCAUUAAUGACUCGUAUCCUCAACCUUUCAAGAGUCAUUGAAGUUUUCUAUCGUCUUGGGGAAGAUGAUUACUCCAUCGUAAGUCAAAAUAUGCAACAAAAAGUUCAACUUGUUCUCAUUGAUCCCAUUGUUCUUUAAGCUCCGUAAUGCCAAAAGAUUUUCGACACCGCCAAUAAGACUUCUUAAGCAACUGGUGUUGUAAUUUCAUUGUUGUAAUCCAAGUGUUUUUCAAUUUCUGUUUGCGUGUGUUCAAUUGUCUGUUUGAUUUAGGUUGUAUUAUAAUGUACCUUCAAAUAUCAGAUUUUUCUUAAAACAAUAA